CACUUCCUGCUCCUCCUCCUCCCAUUACUGCUUCCUGCACCAGUCCCUCUCAGGUGCUGCUGGUGGUAGAUCUGGGGGCCGGGCUGCGCUCGCCUCUGGGCUGGGGGAACUGCAGUCUCCUCUCCGUCCAGUAGAGAGAUGGUGUCGCACUGGGGAAAGCGCCUUCUGACACUCUUUGCCCUAUCCACUUUAUCUCUGGUGGAAUGUUUCACAGAUGAUGAGAUACCAGAUGAGUGGCUGCUCCUCCAUGUGGUCCAGGGACAAAUAGGGGCCGGAAAUUACAGUUAUCUCAGACUUAACCAGGAAGGAAGAAUAAUACUGGAGAUGAAGAGUCUGAGAGGCGAUGCAGACAUGUAUGUUUCUGAUUCAACGCUUAAUCCCAGUUUUGAUGUGUAUGAGCUACAAUCUACAACAUGUGGCCUGGAUGUAAUAGUUGUUCCAGACCAUUUUCACCGCCCAGUGGGAAUUGGAAUCUAUGGCCAUCCAUUUUACAUAGACAGUGAGUUUGAAAUUAAAGUUUAUUUUGACCGAACAAUUCAUGAGGACCCUUUUGCUGGAGCCUCGUAUGACCCUGAACAGCUUGAAGCAAGUCAGAAACAGCAAAGACAAGUCCCACUGGAAACAUCUCAAGAUGAAGAACCAAUGCUACGGACUAUACUCAUAGGGAUUCUCAAGAUAGUUUUAGAGAUUCUUUUCUAAGUGCUAUUAUAUUUGUAUUCAGUACACCGAAACUCAGUGAAGUUUGUACUUUGUAAUGAGAACUGGAAUUUUCCAUUAAAAAUAAAGGACAGUGUCCAGGAUAUAAACUAUA